AUGGUGCUGAGCAUUCCGCUGGCCCACAAGCAGGCUGCAAGAGGAGAGCGGAAAGCCCGGGGGCCCCGGCAGCGGGAGAAGCGCCAGGUGAGCUUCCCUGCAGAAGGCAAGUGCGCGCGCUUCGGCGAGCGGGGUUCAGAGGAGGAGCGGGGCGUGCCGCAUGUGAGGACUCGGACUGUGUGGAGCACGCAAUCUCGUCAUGACUACAAUUGCAAGAUGAAGAAUAAGCAUCGGCUGAAGCAGAGCUUGCUGUGUGGAAGGAGGGGAGGAAAACAGGAGAGAAGGGAGGAUGGAGAACGGGGGGAACCACCUCAAACAAGCGGCGUAAGCGCGCGAACCAAUGGCGCAAAGUAG